CUUGCUAAGACAUGGUGUGAACCCGAACUCCACGGACAAGUCUGGCAGGUCCCCAAUUCUUGCAAUCACUACAUCCAACGUCUCAAUUGUUCAAAUAUUACUCGAUCAUCACGCGAGUACUGCGAUCACGCAAUUUGGUAUGCCAUUGGCAAUAGCCGCUGGGCUUGGAAAUCUUGCCAUGGUUGAGCUUCUUCUCGCUUGCAGUCCAGAAAUCUCUGCCGAAAAUGUCAAUGGCAAUUGUUUUCCGGUCAUCGGGUAUCCUGGAGACGCGGAGGAAAGCCCUCAAUUAUACAUUUUCCCUACUCCACUAUAUAUGGCAUGUGCGCAAGGCCAUAUGGAUGUUAUGCAGUUGCUGGUCGAUCAUGGAGCAGAUAUGUCCCUUCCCAGCCCUCAAGACAGGAUCGGUUUGUCACGACACAACGGGAACAUUGUGCACACUCUUCAGCCUCCUACUCGACCAUUCGAUGGAUCGGAGUUGUACGUUAACGACAUUCAACCAUUCGGCGGAUCGUACGAUUACGACUCUGGCCGUUCGUGGAAGACUCCUUUCGAUGCCGCAACCUUCGGUAGAACUGAUGACACGCUAAACAUUAUGCGGGCUCAUAGGGCCACAGCCGGACAUUCGAGUGUUGUUGAGACAUUGCCAAUUUUAAGUGUUACAAACUUUGAGAUUUGGGAGACGAUCUUGCAGCCGAAAGAAGACGUAUCCAAGACUGUAAUCAACCUUGAAUUUCUUUUUGCUGCAGGCCUCGAUCUGCGGGCAACAAAAGUUGAAGGCCAGUCAUUCAUCCUUUGGGUGCUUGAUCAUGAUGUCGAAUACAUUCGGGCACUGAAUCCUGGGCGUUCCAGACUUUUGAAAACACAUAUUCCACACUUUGUCUCUGCAAUAUUGGAGCUCCUAGCAAUCGACAACCUGAAGAUUCACCAGUACUACAAGCUCUUCUUGACCAUAUUACAGGUCUACGAUGUGCUCACGCUGGCUCGUAUCCUGUCGGGGAUAUUGAAGCACAGUAACACCGAAACGGCCAAGGAGUUCCUUUUCAAUAUAUUCCUGCAUAUUAUUCGCAGAAUGGAUUCUUCUAUAGAAGCACUUGAUAUUGUUACCGCAAUUAUCAGGGCGACUCGAGCAAAUCAAAACCUUGUGACUCGGGGUUUCAGGGUGGCUCGGAAACCUCUCCCAGCAUCGCACCAGGAAAUAACUAGCCGAAAAAACACAGGGUCGAAAUCUGCUCGUGGUGACAUCAACGUCUCGCAGCGUAUCUCAAUAGACUUCCUUCGCAAAUACUUCGAUGCCCUUUGCUUCGACAGAUGUGGAGCGACGCGGCAAGCGCUGACCAAUAUCAUGCUGAUCAUUAACAUGAUAGAAUGUGACUUGGUCAAUUUUCUACUUUUAGUUGAUAACGAUAAUGAACUGGACUCAAGCUCCGGGUUUGAGAGCCUAGAGACGAAUCUUGAGACAGAAUCUCAAUUCAAGACCCAUCAAGCUAAUGAGGACUUGCUCAAUAUACAAAAAUCUCACAGCGCAGCGAAGUAUCAUGGCCCUUGUCUUAUUUGAAUUGGAGGUCAUGAUGGAACGAUUCUUUUUUCCAUGACCAAGCAACUGCAAUCAUAUAGUUCAGCACGAUUUCGUUUACUUCUA